AUGUCUAACGACCUCGCUAAAUUAAUAAAUGGUCCAGCAGAUGAAAAAAUCGCGUCAAAAAUAGGCAAUCAAAGUAAUAGAUCUCCAACAAAAUCCCAAAAUCCUAAAACUCAUAAAUGCCAAAACAGGUGUUCCAAAAGAUUCUCCAGAUCUGAUGAAUUGACGAGAUAUAAAAGAACUCAUGAUAACACAUUUAAAAAGAGAAAUCACCGAAAUAAAAAGAUGAUUGCAGUUUCUUUUAAAAAUUUGUCAACUCUUUAUAUCCGUGAUCAAGUUCAAAAUAAAGGAAAUAAUUCAUCAUCCCCAUUAUCUCGUACGAUUACAACAUAUAUUUUUACUGAAUCUAUAACUUCACAUCCUAAUUCUUCAUGGCAAAAACCUUUUAAUUGUCCAAUUAAUGGAUGUAUGAAGAACUUCACUCGACAUGGAUAUUUAUCAAGACAUAUACAGUCUUGUCAAUCAAAAUGUAAUCGUAAAGAAAAUGAGAAACCUGUUCACCCUCCAAGUCCUAUUACAUCUUGUAUUAACUAAUUUUUUUCAGUAUUUAAUAUUUCAAAAUAUGAAAUACUAUUUUUUGUAUAACACAAUGCAUAAUAUAAAAAGUUACUAUUUUAUUUAAUUAUUUAAUGUAUCAGGUGUUACUUUCUAAAUGAACUGCAAUUUAAUUUGUAUAAAAGAAAAUUGUAUUAUUUCGUACACGGCCAUUUCUUAUCUCUUUUCUUCGUGUU